CAACUAACAUUAACACGUCCCAACUUUUCGACAACGACCUUCGUACCAAGAAAGAAUAUCACAAAAAUGGAAGUCCCACCUUCCACUUGCGAACGCUGAAAUCCCGUUCACUCUCUUAAUUCAGCUUAAUCUCUACUUCUACGUCUUCUGGGUCUCUAGAAUUCUCUCCAAAGCUACGAGCUUUAAGCAUUAAGCAGCUUAAUUUAGCUCAAUCAAGUUGAUAGUCCUCCACCGCUACGAAAUCCCAGAAUCCAGAGCUUGAAGGAAGCGGAUCUGGAUUCUGGGUUUCACGUGGAAGAACGAAAGAUGAGAGCUUGAGCUACUUCUGAAGCUUUUUUGGGAGCUGAGAAGGUGCUUGAUGCAAAAGCAGCUUAUUAGUUAAGUGAGUAAUGAAGCGGAAGGCGGGUCCGCAGAAAGCUCAGCACAAAUGGAAGAGGAAGCUGUUCACUUUGAUUUUGGUGGGGAUCUGCUUCGGGACGUUGGUGCUGCUGAUGCACACUCAGUACAGUCGGAUUAUGACGCUCGCUUCGUUGCGAAAUUCUCAGCAAAAUCAACGGCCCAAGAUCGCCUUCUUGUUCAUCGCUCGCAAUCGCAUUCCGUUGGACAUUCUUUGGGAUGUUUUCUUUCAGGGAGGGGAGAGUAGGUUUUCGAUUUAUGUUCACUCAAGGCCGGGGUUUCUGUUCAACAAGGCCACCACAAGGUCGGUUUUUUUCUUGGAUCGUCAAGUCAAUGAUAGUAUACAGGUAGAUUGGGGAGAAGCAAGCAUGAUUGAGGCAGAGCGCAUAUUACUAAGACAUGCACUCGAGGAUCCUCUUAAUCAACGCUUUGCCUUUGUUUCCGAUAGCUGCAUUCCCCUUUACAAUUUCAGCUACAUAUAUGACUACAUCAUGUCGACGAGAACCAGUUUUGUAGACAGCUUUGCUGAUACGAAAGAGGGCCGCUACAAUCCAAAAAUGCAUCCUGUUAUUCCUGUUCAUAACUGGAGAAAAGGAUCACAGUGGGUUGUCUUGACCAGGAAGCAUGCAGAGGUCGUAGUGAAAGACGAUAGAGUCUUUCCUAUGUUUCAAUUGCAUUGCAAGACAAAAUCGCUACCUGAGUUUUGGCGGAAUCGUCCCAUUCCUGCUGAUACAUCCAAGCAGCACAAUUGUAUCCCGGACGAGCAUUAUGUUCAGACAUUACUGGCUCAACAAGGCCUUGAGGGAGAACUCACGCGUAGAUCGCUGACACACACGUCAUGGGAUUUAUCAUCCUCUAGAAACCGUGAACGCCGUGGAUGGCACCCUUUGACUUACAAAUUUUCAGAUGCUACUCCCAUGCUUAUUAAAUCUAUAAAGGAGAUAGAUAAUGUCUACUACGAGACUGAAUACCGGAGAGAAUGGUGUAGCAGCAAGGGAAAACCAUCUCGGUGCUUUCUUUUUGCUCGAAAAUUUACCCGUCCUGCUGCUCUCAGGCUUCUUAACACGACUGCACUGGAACUUAACCGGAGCAAUGAUUAAAGUAUAACCGUGCUUAAGUUUAUUUUCCGCUCAACCGGGUAGUGGAUAUGCUAGGAAUAUUAACUAGAUUUGCAAUGAGAGGAAUAAAAGGAGGAGGUGGUGUAAAUUUUGUGGGGGUGGGGGUGUUUACUGUGGUAUGUAUUCUUUUUAGAACAAAAAAUGGACGACCCCGUACCUAUAAGACUCUCCGCUUUGCGAGGGUUAGGAAAACGUCUAUAGUACACAAUAAAAAAGGAAAAUAAGAAUCACAUUGAAUAGAAUCAACAAAAAGAAACCAGUUCAUUCUUUUGUUAAGUUGGAACUACAACUCUCCCUAUUUCAGAUGUAAUGGUUAAUAUUUAGGGUUUAGUCCUUGUUUCAAUUUCCUUGGAUAUUCUUCAAUACAAUUCACCACGAUGUUCCGCCUUUGCAGUCCUGCAGUUGCGGAGCCACCGUGGAGUCAUUGUACUCGGUUAACCCAAAUAACUUUAUUUUCAUUGAAAGGGCAAGUGUUUGAUA